AGGGAGGUGAUCAAGGAGAAUCAAGAAGAGUCAUGACCACUUUAUCAAAGAUUCUAUGUGUGUUGCUCGUUCUUUUCUUAUGCAUAUCCUUUCGAUAUUCACUUCAUGAAGAUGGGAAUCAAGAAUCAAGGCGUGAUGUCGUUUCAACUCGUAAGGUGAUCGAAAAUGGUGAUGUGAUGAUACGAGGACGAAAACUGAUGGUGACAAGUGGAGAAGCAGAUAAAGAAACCACGAUGAAGAGAAAGAGAAAAUCAGGCAAAAGUGUUGACGAGGAUGGACUCGUUGCUUUUACUGCUGAUUAUUGGAGAGCCAAGCCCAAGCAUCAUCCUCCCAGGAACAAUUGAUCAUAAUCCGGUUAUGAGAUAAUAU